AUUUUAGUCUUCAUCAGCACACAAGGAGAGACACCAGAGUGAAGCGGCUGAGAGGACAACAGAAGAUCACACUGAAAUAUCAGUUUCAUCUAACAGAGCAAAGAUGCAGUGGAGUCUGUUUCUGCUCCUUCUGAUGGGUCAGUGUUCCUUCUUCAUGUGUCACCUCCAUGAGUACCACUUUGUUGAAGAGAAGAAGAACUGGACUGAAGCCCAGCAGUACUGCAGAGAGCAUCACACUGACCUGGCCACAGUGUCUGACAUGACAGACAUGGAGAGACUCCGUGACUCUGCACAGAAUCAAGAUGGAGCCUGGAUUGGGCUUUACAGCACCGCAGGAGAAGACAACAGGAUGUGGCACUGGUCUCUGCCAGGAGUGGAGUUCAAUGACACUAAUACAAAAUGGGCUCCAGGUGAACCAGAUGAUAUUGACUUUCCUGCAAACUGUGUGUGUAUACGUAAUAACUUAUGGUGGGACUCCCAUUGUUCAAGGCAUAAGCAUGCCUUCAUCUGCUACGAUGAAAGGAGGCAAUCCAACAAGACAUUCCAUCUGAUUGAAGACAAGAUUAAGACCUGGCCACAGGCUCAGAACUACUGCAGAAAACGUCACACUGACCUGGUCAGUGGAGACCAACAGUUAGAGGACGACGAAUUCAAGAGAGAGUAUAAGUCAGACAACUGGGUGUGGAUCGGCCUGUUCAGAGACUCCUGGAGGUGGUCAGAUGGGAGCAGUUUCUCUUUCAGAUAUGGGGGUCCACAGUUUAAUGAUGACUCAGGCAGUGAGAGAUGUGCUGUGACUAUGCUGAAUGAUGGAGGCAGAUGGAGGGAUGAAGACUGUGAUGAGACAAAACCCUUCUUCUGCUAUGGCGAGCCAACCACAAAGAAAGGAACAACAGCAGGUCCCUCAUCAUCCACUGUUACUGAGGACAAGACACAAGGAACAACCACAAAGAAAGGAACAACAGCAGGUCCCUCAUCAUCCACUGUUACUGAGGACAAGACACAAGAUAAAAUGAUCCUGAUCAAGGAGAACAUGACCUGGGAGGACGCCUUAUAUUACUGCGAAGAGAAACACCAUGACCUGGUCUCCAUCACCAACCCUGACGAGCAGAAACAGGUCCAAGAGAAAGCCAAGAAGGCCAACAGUCCCUACGUCUGGCUGGGACUGCGCUACACCUGCACUCUGGGUUUCUGGUUCUGGAUCGAUGACAAGAUGGUCACCUAUAAGAACUGGGACACAGAUGUACCAGCAGAUGACUGUGACAUGUCUGGAGCCAUGGACAGAGGAGGAGAACAUAAGUGGUUCAAAAAGAAUGACAAUGAGAAGUUUAAUUUCAUCUGUUCUACGUGCCAAACCCUCUAUACUCACUGGUACUGA